AUGGUUCGAAUUGCAACAGAAGGCGACUACGUGCCAUGGUAUUCGCGAAGGGCAUGCCCAGUAUUUUGCUAUCCUUGUGUGCCAGCGUAUAUGGGCAUCUGGAAGGCUCGGAAAUGCGUUCUGAUCACAGGUGCAGUGCUCUUCUUCAUCGGAGUGAUAAUACUUCUGGCCAUGCUUCUCACAUGUAUAGCCGUCGAAUGCUCCAAUGUGAUCACAAGCUGA